GUUGACCAAAGAAGCGUCUCUAACGAACCUAGCAGUUAGACUGAUGACAAGUUGUAUUUAAUUUCGUUUUCAUUCGCUAUAACUAUCGUUUUACUUUGCUGAAAGUUAUAUAUCUAAAGACAUGGAAUCCUUCUCAAAAGAAGAGCUGAGGACAAAGAUCAUCAUAACAGAUGAUGGAAGAAACAUUUUAAGUCUGUUUCACCACAGUUUGUAUAAGUUACCUGCUGCUGUGCUGGAACUAAUUGAGUUGGAGGAACUUAACCUUCAAUGUAAUUUGCUUAAAACAAUACCUGAAAAUAUUACAAAAUUAAUUAAUCUUACUGGACUUGAUGUGACAGAUAACCAGCUUUUCAUGUUCCCUGUAAGUUUGACACAGCUGAAGAAACUCAAAUGGCUGAACAUCUCAUAUAACAAACUCACUGCAAUCCCCGAUGCUAUUGGUGAGAUGGGGGAAUUGGAGGGACUGGAUUUGAGUUUUAACCAGUUGUCUAUGUUAAGUAUGGGUAUGAAAAAGCUGAAGAAACUCAAUGUGUUGCAUGUGGAUGGGAAUCCUUUUACAGUUGAAGGAAUGAGAAGUGUUAUGGAGCUCAAGGAUAAGAUAAACAAAGUAUUUUCAGAUUUCCCAGCAUUUCAGUUUAUACCACGAGCAGAAGGACUAUUUUCAAAGCUGGCUUAUAGAAAGGCCUUGAAAGAUGGAUAUAUUAAGGUUUACCAUGGUCGAAUACUACUGGUCGGUCAGGAUCGCGCUGGUAAAACCAGUUUGAAGAAGAGUCUCUUAGGCCUUCCAUUUGACCCUAAAGAACAGAGUACUGAGGGGAUUGAAGUGGAUCCUUCAAAGUGUGAAAUAGGCGUUGACCAAGUUGCAAGGAACUGGCAUUCCAUUACCAGUGAGAAUAAACCGGGACUGCUUAUGGAAUGUUCUAAAGACAUAGCAAAGAUUAUGGCAGAGGAAAUGAUUAACAUGCCAGCUGAGAAACUGAUUAUGUCAGAAGAAAGUUCGAAAGAGGAAGAUUCAGAAGGAAGUUCAGGAGAAGAUUCAAAAGAGCAUUUAGAAGAAGAUACAGAUGACUGUUCAAGAGAAGAUUUUAAGAAAAAUUCAGCCCACAUUUCACCUGCAGACUUUGAAGAAGGAUCUUUUGAAGGUUACUUGUAUGACAGAAUAAAGGUUGAGAAUAAGGGAGAUUGCCUGUCAGUAGAUGUUUUCCACAACAGUGGCAUCGAACGUUCAGUGGAGUAUUGCAUGUUAGAUGAGCCAGAGGUAAUUAUUGAUGUUGCUCAACCUCUUGAUAUUGUGAGGCAUGUUCGACAGUGGUUAAGGUAUGCCCAAGGCAAGCCCAUCAAAAGUGAUUCAUUCACUGAAGAAUCUUAUGUUACAAUGGACAUUUGGGACUUUGCAGGACAGCAUAUGUACUAUGCCAGCCAUCCUAUCUUUCUAUCACAGCGAGCUCUCUACAUAUUGGUGCACAAUCUCAGCAAGCCUUUGGAUGCCCCAGCUGAGCCGUGCAUGAGACAAGGAAGUAACGUUGUGAAAUUGGAAAAUCCCAACAAUGAAACGAACAUGGAGAAUUUGCUUUCAUGGCUGGCUACAAUCCAUAGUGUUGCCCAAGCAACUGAUGUCAAUGACGAUGAUGCACAACACAAGCUGCCCUACCUGCGCCCCUUAGUGUUCAUUGUAGGCACACAUGCUGACAAACCAGUUGAAGACAUAGCAGUGAUAAAGAAACAAAUUCAGGAGAGAAUCUCUGGUAUGGAAUAUGAGAAGCAUGUAGUCAGACCCCUGUUCUGCAUUGACAACACAGAAUCACACAGGCCAAACUGGACUAAAUUGAAGAAAUUUAUACACAAGAGUAAAAAACAAAGAGGGAAACAUAAAAAAGCAAAGCAAGAAGGAUCAAAAGCAGAUGGAAUAACCGAAUUGCAGAACAAAAUCCUGGAAGUGUUACAGCAGGAACCCUAUAUGGGGGAGAAAAUACCAGUCAGAUGGUUUUUGUUCGAAAAGGUGAUUGAAGCUUUGGUGGCGAAACAGAUUUACCACAGAAAUCUAAAUCAACUUGAGCACUAUGCCAGAAAAGAGUGUUUCAUGGAAGAUGCAAAUGAAUUUGACUCCAUGAUCAGUUUCUACCAUGGCCUUGGGAUGAUAAUCAAGCACCGCAGUACAGUUGUUCUUAAGGCUCAGUGGCUGAUUGAUGUGUUCAAGCAGCUGAUAACGAUUCCACCUUUCAAUAAAGAGAAUGCCUUAUAUGCUAAGUACUGGCGAGAACUUGAAGGAACUGGCAUCCUCAGCAUGGAACAUGUUGAUCAUGUGUUCUCCAGCUGUAUUGGACCAGGUAUCAUCAAAGAAGACAUCUUGCACAUGAUGGAGCGGUUCGGUUUGAUCGCUAAGUUCUCAGUUUCCCCAACUGAUAUAAAGUACUUUGUACCAGCUCAACUUAAGUCAUCACCUGAAGAACUCUGUGAGAUGAAACCAUCAUUAAAUGAUCCAUGUCCCUUAUAUCUCCUCUUUGUCCAUGGCUUUGUCCCUCAUGGUCUCUUCUUGCAGGUUGUCUCACGAUCCAUUCGUUGGUGCUCGAAGUUAUGGCCCAUGCAUCAACCUACCCUGUUCCAAAAUGGAGCAUGGUUCAUCAUUGGGAAAGAUAUUCAUGAUUUUGUCCUCACCAGCAAAACAGGAUUUGUGAAGGUAGUAUUAAGACAAAGAACACCAAGUCAUCAGGUAAUAGCGCAGAACUCCGCCGAGCUAGCAAUUCGUGUUCGUAAAUUUAUUGAAGGCACCCUACAGGAUUUGUCACAAGAAAUGCCAUAUCUUAGAGGACUGAAGUAUAGAUUGUGUGUUGCAUGUCCUUACUGUCAUCAAGGGACAGAAGAACAACGUCGUCCAUGCUCCGAUCACGUGAAAACUACUUGCACACACGAGGACUGCUUCCACCUCAUUGAUGCAAAUGAAGGCCAAGCAGCAAUCUGUAAAAGAAAACUUGGGGACAAAGUACUUCCACUCUAUGGAUUGGAGAAAUGGUUAUUGAAAGGAAGGAGCCAGGGUUUGUCCACUUCAAAUUUAGCUGCUAGAUCACAUGGUAAAGCAAGUGAAAUCAGUCCAACGAGGUCUAAAACAGCAUUGAAGGUGACUCUCCUGGGCAGUGAGUGGAGUUCAUCGAUGGGAGGUUUGUCCACCAUAAACAGACACCUUGCUAUUAUGUUGGCCAAGCACUAUCAAUUGGAUGUCACCCUCCUAGUCCCACAGUUAGCCUGUUCCGAAGAAGAUAAAAGAACUGCAAGAAGCCACAAUGUUACCAUCCAAGAGGCUGAGAAACUUGCAGGCUUCAGUGACCCUCUUGACUGGUUGAGUUUCCCACCAAGAGACCUUGUCAUUGACUUUGUGCUGGGUCAUGGAGCUAAGCUUGGUAAGCAAGCCCAAGUUAUCAGAAAGUCUCACAGUUGCAAGUGGAUUCAGAUAGUGCACACUGCACCUGAAGAACUUGGAAUGCACAAAAACUAUCCUAAGGCUAUUUCCAGAGCUGAAGAGAAGAAUACAACUGAAGUGAACUUAUGUAAGUUGGCAGAUGCUAUUGUGGCAGUUGGACCGAAGUUAAAAGACAUCUUUUCCGCCCAGUUACGCUCAUGCAAGGGCCACAAAGAGAUCCUUCAACUGACUCCUGGAACUUUCCACGAGUUCUCCGACUUAGAACAAGCCCAAAAAGAGAGUAGCAAGUUCAAGGUACUGACUUUUGGCCGUGGUGAUCCAGAGGACUUUAGCCUUAAAGGCUACGAUAUCUCUGCCAGAGCAAUAGUUGAACUAAGAGACAGUUCUUACUGUCUGAUCUUCGUGGGUGCACCUGACGGGAAACAGGAUGAGGUUGCAGGGAAUUUGUUGAAGAGUGGAAUCCAGAAACGUCAACUGACUGUGAGGAAGUUCGUCCAAGGCAAAGAAAGACUAAAGGAAUUAUUUUGUGAAGUUGAUCUCUGCAUCAUGCCCUCCAGGACAGAAGGCUUCGGUUUAACAGCAUUAGAAGCUUUGUCAGCUGGCCUUCCUAUUCUUGUCAGUGGGAACUCAGGAUUUGGUGAAGCAUUGCGCACUGUUCAUUCAGGCAAAUCAUUUGUCGUGGAGUCUGAGGACCCCAAGGAAUGGGCAAAGGCAAUUGCUGCUGUUCGACAGAAGGAAAGAUCCGACCGACUUCAGGAGAUUCAACAACUGAGGACUUCCUAUGGAGAGAAGUUCAGUUGGGAGAAACAGUGUGACAUUCUUGUGGAUAAGAUGUGGGACAUGUUCUUUGCAUCGAAAAGAGAUGACACGAGAUUCAAAAUCAAGGAAGGGGACGUUUCUGAAACGACUUCUGAGCAAGUAACCUGUGAUUCGUUACUAUCUCUAAAUUCUCUGGAGCGAAUCUUUCAGAAUCUUCAGCAGAUGCAACUCGAUGCGAACAAAUUCAGUGACAGGAAAGAUCUUACUUUGGAGCUGAGAAAGAUUUCAUCACGCACGGGCUUCAAAAUAUCUGAAAAUCCAGGAUCAGGAAACUGCAUGUUCUAUGCCCUGUCAGAUCAGCUGGCAAUUCUUAAAGGAAUCAAAAUCCAACAUGGCGAAUUACGACAAACCUUGGUCCAGUUUCUCAAGGGAAACCCAAAACUACCGGAUGGAACAGAUCUGUUUCACUUUGUCCAUGGAUAUCAAACAUGGGCUGAAUACCUAACACACAUGGAACAAGAUGGCGCUUGGGGUGAUCACGUGAUUCUGUGUGCCGCGGCAAACUGCUAUGAAAUGUGUAUUCGUGUAGUCAGCAGUCUACCCCACAACAAUGAUGUAAUCAUUACGCCACAUUGUCCAGUUGACGAAAGCAAACCACUUGUGCUGGGACACAUUCAUGAAGUACACUAUGUCAGUCUUCAACCCAUCCAGUUAGUUAGUAAAUCAAUGUAGUCUUAGUUUGAUAGAACUGAUGUAUUUCUUUUCGCAAUUUAGUCAAUAAAUUCACGCUUUAACUUUAA